GGCUUUUAGUCGAGCGACAUCACCACCAAGCGCGGAAUCAAAGUCAAAAAAUAAGGUUGUAGUCAACACAAAAUAAGUGACUGUGUCUAUCCUUAAAGAACAUAUUGUUAAAUUCAGCACAAUAUCAAUUAAUUAACUGCUUGUUAGCUACAGUAUUUUGUGUGUAGUUUGCCAGCUUAUACUCAUAAAACAAAAGUUAUAAACCUAAAUUUGUUAAAAUGAAAUCGACAAUUUCGAUACUGCUGCUUGUCAUCUGCACUGUCGUCUUGGCCGCCCAACAGAGCCAGGCUAAAAAGGGCUGUCAGGCCUAUGGGCACGUCUGUUACGGCGGACAUGGGAAACGUUCCUUGAGCGCCGGGACUGGCGGUGCUUCCGCUCCCAAUGCCCCCGGCCUUGGGCAGGAGUUUGUGCGCCCAAAUGGACUGCUGCCGAUGCUGGCACCAAAUGAACAGGCGCCCGCCGUGCCAGAUUCAGAUUUCGAUGAUUAUCCCUCACGACAGGUUCUCUACAAAAUAAUGAAAUCAUGGUUUAAUCGCCCUUAUCGACCUGUGCCCCGUCUUGGCGAAUUGGAUUAUCAACUCCCCAGUUCCGGUGAAAACUUCAACCGGGAAGUGGCGAUGAAUGCACUGAAUUAAGCACAGCAUUUGACCUAUCAACUGAACCAAAUAAAUCACCUUUUUUAGCAUCACGAGAAAAAACAGUAACAACAAUUAAUAUUGAAUGUUUAAUACAAUGUUUCAUAAGUGUCUACACAUAGAGCAACAAAUUUUCGCUACUUGCAUAUAUGGAAAAUCAUCUGAAAUUUUUUAGGGCUGGUAAAAAUUUCAGUAUGUAAAAAAAAGCAGGCACAACUUACUAAAUAAAUAAAAAGGAAGGGAUAUUGCA